CAUUCUACGGAAAUCAGGCAAGAGACGCAAGUAUCAUUUUAUACAGCAAGAGGCUAGAAGACCGAGUAUCCUAGAUAUCUUGAUGGACUCAACCCCUAAAAGUGAAAGAACACGUUCUGAGGAUAGGAGUAUAUUAAAUACACAACAACAUCAAUCCCAUUCUACUACUUCUUCUACUUCUUUAUUUAAUUUCACUAGACGUGCUUCUGCUCCCUGUACAGACUCUGAUUCUCUUAUGGAGCCACAUUCUACUCAAAUGUCAAGAUCAAAUUCUAAUACACCUUCUCUCACAAUUCCACCGGGAGCGGAAAAGAGAAAAGAAAGCUUGAAGCAACAGUUGAAGCGACUGGUUGGUUGGGGAUCCAGCAAUAACUCCAAAAAACAACAGCAACAACAAAUGACCAUCAUUACUUCUCAAUCUGAUAUCACCCCCAUGUCGUCAGGUUCUUCAUUUGUAACCAAGUCCAGGCAGGGUUCCCAGGAUGCUACAGGCCGAAUGGAGGCUGCAAGUCAUCAAUGUUCGCCUUUAUCAAGAAGACCGAGUGAAGAUCCUACACAGGCUCUCAACAAGCAAAUGUCAACUGUGUCCUUGGUUGAGUCUCAUGAACAUACUGACCAAGAUCAAAGAGAAAUGCCGCAAGAGCCAGAAAUAGGGGUUCAGGAGACGGAAAAGGAGCAAGAAGAAAUUGAGCAGCAAGAGAUCCUUCAAGAUCAAGCCUCUGAUAUACAGCCGCAGGAAAUGGCUCCAUUCAAUGAGGAUACGACAAAUAGUAGUCCAAUGGCCUCAAGUAUAUCCACUAGUAAGGUAUCCCUGGUAUCCGAGAUAUCCUCGAUUCACCCUCAACAGACAAUUGUGACCACUGCCUCGUCUAUCGAAUCCUCUAAUCAACAAUACGAUACUACAACAACAACAACUAAUACAAAUAACUUUAAUAUAACAAAAGAGAUCAGUCGUGGUCAACAGCAACAAGAUUUUGAUGACCUUUAUUUACUUGUUGCCCAUGGAGUUGAUUUUUUAAAGACCAAAGAAAACACCAAAUGGGAAGAGGAAGGUGGAUACGAGUUUCAUCCCUGGAACCGUCCUCAGAGUUCAUUUGCUGUUCGUCAAAGGGACCAACGAUCCAACUCGCAGGAUUCACAAGAGCCCAUCGUUACAGAGGAAAAGCAGCUUCUGUCACCACCUUUGACUCCUUUACCCCAGCAUCCGCCUCCACAGAAUGAACAAGAGGAUGAACAAGCACAGAAGGAAUUGGCGAUGGCUAUGGCUAAACGUAUCCUAAGUGGGAAAACAGAGGAUGCCAGCCCUACUCCUACAGCAACAACAUCAACAACAGCCACUGGUCAGCCCACUGAAUCAUUGGAUGAUGAGGUAAGUAAAGGUGUGUGUGUAUGUGAUAUGGUUGACUUAUUCGUUUAGGAGUUACAACGAAUCGUGGCUGCUCACAUCGUCUUUUAAUUAAUAAAUGUAUCAAUCAUGAUUUCUUCUUCACCAGUCACUCGUUGAUAAUCUCCUUUA